CCGCCAGCCGGUCUCAGCAGCAGGGGGCGCGGCUCCUCCGUGCGCUCGCUCGCGAGUGCGCCUCCUGUGGCGCGCCGGUGCCACCGCGGGCGGCGGGGAAGGCGCUCGCGGUCCCCGCACGGUCCCCAGCGCCGAUGGCCAGUCCCGCGCAGUCCGGCUUCCCCACGCGCACCAAUAGCCGCCUGGACACGUUCUUGAGGCGGCAGCUGCCACCCGAGGACUACGACGCCAUCCGCGCCUACGAGCCGUGCGUCGUGGUGUCACACUCGGAGAAGCACGCCUGCAAGUACGUGGUGCUCAGUGACCAGCUCAUCUACCUGGCCGACAACCCGCCCAAGUCCAUCCGGCGGGUCGUGGCGCUGCGGGACAUCGUGGCCAUUGACCUGGUUGAUGACUACCCAGAAUUUUUGAGUUCAUCAGACAGAGAAAUCAACCAACACAUUCGUAUCAUCUACUCUUCAACUGGUUUGAAAAAAAAGUGUGGAAAAUCAAGAGCUGUCAGGAAAUUCCUUUUUCCAUUUCAUCGCAGCAAUGCUAGCAAUCAAAAUGUCAAGGAAGAGCAUGAUUGCCCUAUCUUUUGGAGAGAUAAGGAGCCUUCAAGUCUGAGUGAAUCCUCGUUCAGGGACAACCAAGAGAGCUACAGAGCCUUCACGGACUCAACUCCCAGUCCUCCUUCAGACAUCAACAAGCUGUGCCUUCUGGGCCAAAGUGCCUUUCGGCCCUUACCUGCGCCCCCCAGAAGGAGCUGUCCACCCUCACCAGCUGCUGGCAGGGCUGUCAGCUCACCAUCUUGCAUGACAAACACAAAAGAACCCCAGGGACUUCCAGAUCUCCCUGAAGACUCUUCAACUGAAAUCUCUUUCAAGUGGGAAGGGAACACAAAUGAGUUUCACUUAGGAAAUUCUCUCCCAGAUUCUCCUUGGCAGAGUGAUUUAAAUCAAGAGAAAAAUGAGUCAGAACUUCACUUGUACGCCGUUUCCACAACCUCAUCUCUAUUUCUGCACUUAAGAAGUUCGUGGAACAAUUAUGUUAUAAAAGCUACUCUUUUACAGGAUCCCCAAUAUGCUACUGAGCUCAGUCCUGUUAUUGGAAGUCAGAAGCCAUAUAGAUCUGAGGAGAAAGUUAAGCACUUCAGUCAGCUCAAAUCUGAACUUUUUCAUAAAGACAAUACAUUGAGGAAGAUAUUUUGUUUAGUUACAGAACUUAAAGUAACAGCACAGAAAAAUUUUAUUCUGAAAAGACUCUUCUGGAAAACCAGUGACCUUUUCUGUUUCCUAGUGAACAAACUUCAUGAAUAUUUGCCAGAAGCUAGAGAUAAACAUGCACUUCAUAAUAAAAGCCAAAGGGCUGAUGAGUUGGUGGCUUGCAUUGAAAUUAUACAGACCCUAGGACUGAUGUUCAGAGAGACAGAAAUUGAGUCAUCACGUCUGAACACACUGGCAGCUAAAAAGGGAACAUUAUUUAAACUUUUGGUGAUUUUAAUUAGCAAACCUCAGAUUCCAAAACCUUGUCCUGUGCUUGACAUUCACGUGGUGGCUGAUUCACCUUCAGCUGAAAUGUCUUACGAUGCUGAGUUACAGAAGCUUAUCCUGGAAUAUACAGAUAAAGCUACAGCACUUUUAUAUGAGAUACUACUUGUCUUUCAGCAGGGAAAUCUUGGAUUGGAGUCAACAACAUUUGCUAUUAGCUGGAUGAUGUCCUUUCUACAAAAUUGUCCUCCCAUAAUUACGUUUGUGGCCAAUAUUGUGAAACAAGUGGUGAAGGGGCUCUCAGCCUCCUUCCAGCUGCUGAGUCCCUGCCAAGCGGUUCUGUUGUACCAACAGUUUUACAUCCUCAAGAGCUGCCUGCAGUAUAGCAAGACUCUAGCUGAGUACAUCAGGAAUGACUACAGUGAAGAAUUCAGGUACUUUAUUCACAUACCAGCUUUGAAAAAGAGACUUCCAUUGCAUUACCCUAUUACACAGCCAACCACCCAACUUUUUCAUGAAGUUCUGAAAUUGGUUGAACAGAAACAAUAUGUAAAAUGUUAACAAGAGGAUAAAAAACGUUAACUGGAACACAAUAGUUAAAUAUUUUUUUGAUUUAUUUAAUAUCUAACUCUUGAAGACGUAGGAGAUUUUAUUUGAAAGAUUUAUUUAAAGAUUUUAUUUGAAUGCUCCAUCAAUACCUAAGUUUAUUAUUUGCUAAAGAAAAAAAAAAACCUGUCUAAAUCCUUUCUGACAUAUAUAAACUGGUGCUAAAAACUAGUAGUUUCUCCGGGAAGAAAAGUUUCUAAAGACAUAAAAAAAAGUCCAAAAAAAGCUAUAAAGGAAACAGAAGCUCAAGGAGAAUACAUGCAGGAAACACGAUCUGGUGAGUUUUGUUGGUGUAAUCAUAGUGAGCAGUGGGAAGACCCCGGAACACCCAAAGAAAGAGGUUUGAGGAGAGUAUAAACCACACAGUGAUGGUUAGAGGGAUACAACAAAAUGACGUCCUCCUUAUCCACCUAGUAACGUAAGUAUUCAUGGAAGAAUAAGCAGAACACAAGCACAGCUGCACAGAAUGUCAGUUCCUUAUUUGUUGUGGGGGAAAUCAUCCUGGACUUUCUUCAACAACACUGAAUGCGUUCUGACACUCCCCUUCAGGCAGCUGUUGGCUGUUCUGAGCCUUCCCAUAGCAUCUCUGUGGGAGAGAAAUUGUCUAUGAGCGGUUAUGGCUCUCCUUUUUAAAAAAGUCCUUACCACGUGUCAUGGUCAUUAACUAAUUUUUGUUUUGUUUUGAGAUAGGGUCUCACUACGUAGUUCAGGCUGGCCGUGAACUCCCUUUGUAGCCCAGGCUGGCCCCCAACCUGCAGUAAUCCUCCUGCCUCAGCCUCCGGAGAGCUGGGAUUACAGGUGUGUGCCACAACAUGCAGCUCAUUAACUAAUAAUACAACAAACAACUUAACUUUGGUGUCUCUGUGAACUAUUGAAUUUGGACUUCUAAGAAUCUGGAAACUGGACUCUCAAACUUAUUGUGACUUGAUGAAAAAUCAGAAAAAAACCCACCUCCAAAGAAAGAGCUCCUAGGGCAAAUUUGCCUGUGUUGUGUAGUUUACCUAUAGUCACAGAGUUCAUUAAGGAGACUUAGCAGAUUCUUAUUAUUAAUUGGUCCUGCAGCAUGUAUUUAAAUGCUAUUUAUAAAGUUUGCUGAUAAAUUUUGUACUGUUUACAGAUUUUCCAAGAUAUUUCUUUGAUGUUGAUAUUUAUAGAGCUUUGUGUACACUAGGUAGAAACAGAUCUGCAACAAAUAUGAGACUUUGUGUGAAAACUGUACACAGUCACACAUGCUGCUAGCUGCUACCUAAGUUCCUGGCUGAAGGGAUGCUCGGUGGUUAAGGCAGACACCUUCUGCAUUGUUCCUCCUCUUAGAUACAUCCCAACGCUCUCAGUGGUAGCCUCACCUCACUUUGCUGGGUCCCCUGCAGCUUUAGUAAGGAUUUAAUCUGCCAGCAACACAGGUCCCAUGAUUUACAAGCCCCGAUCUUCUUGUUUGGUUAUUAGUACAGUAUUUAAUACAUAAAGGUAGAAUUACUAUAAGAUUUUUUAAUAAAUGUGAACAUAAAUGCAGUACUGACUUUUAUAACUAAAAGAAUUGGCAUAAUGUUACUUUGAAAAAUAAUGCUCAGAUACACUGUAAGUUGUUUUUGUUCACAAAUUUUCUUGUUUACAAAUUGCCUAUUAAAAAUUGCAUUUUUAA